AUGGGAGCGAUAAUGAAGGCGGCGGCGGUGUUACGUUACCAUCUGUGCGUGACCCCUAAUGGGGUCUUAGCGCGCCCUUGCGGCGUCUCCGCCCGACGUGGCGCGGGGGGCAGGGGAGUCAUUUUUACAGAGGCGGCGGGGUUUCCGCAGGCACGCGCGCCGUCAUCCCGAAUAAUGGCCUGCCAGGGUCCGACGCCUUUGCCCGCUCAAUACUAC